AUGGCCAUGCAACCCGGCGAGAAUGGCCGUCCUGGCACCUCGCGUUACGAGAUCUGGCCGAACGACCAAGGCUACGUUUGGCAGCGGAAUUGGGGUGGUGGGGAGCAACAGCCCGAAAAACUGCAGUACGGCCCUGGCGAGGACUCCGUCCUCGUUACGUGUGAAACAGCGAUCGAUGAGAGCGCCUUUGAGGUCGGCUGUCCCAGUGUACCAGAAUCCCUUGAACCGUUGCUCGUCACCUGCUUCUCUACCACUUGCGGUUCCGGUACCAGGCCGCCGCGAAGCGUUCUGUCAGAGGCGACCCUGGCACACAGAGCCGCUAUCUCAGAAGCCCACCGAUUUGAUGUCAUGGCAGGUUAUUGGGGGUCCCUGGCCAAGAGCAGCGUCGGCCAGUAG